CGUGGCCACGCGCCAAUGCGAAGUGGGAAUUACAAAUGCGCGCUCCACCACCCACUUCCGGGUCACGUGCCCGUCACCAUGGCGCCGCUGCUCGGGGCCCGAGGCCUGCCCAGAGGCCCAUGCGCUGCAGUGAAGCGGGCUGGCAGCGUUCCGUCUGACCUUUUCGCCGAGAUGAGCUGUGUGGUGCUGGCCUACGUGCGAGGAGAGAGCCUGGCAGUGGACACGGGUGCCAUGUACGAGCGGCUGAUCAGCUGUGGUGUGGAGGGCAUAGGCGAGCAGUCGGUGCAGGAGGUGGUCUCACUGCUCACAGGAAUCUUCAGGGUGGCCACACAGGCGGGCACGUCGGGCGAGCAGCUGGCAUUGGAUUUGGCCGGCGCUAGUUCGGACUGGACCCGGCCAGCACUGAAGGUCAUCAAGCACGUGUGGGACAACGCAGGACCGGUACCGCCCACCCAGUGGCCGGUCUCUCUGCCCUCUGCCGCCAGGCUGUUGGACGUGCGCUGGAAAGUCGGCAUCAGCGUGAGCUCCGACCGCUGCCGUGCGUUGAAUGCUCCGUUCGUCACGCUGUGCCUCGCGCUGGCCGAGAAGUCGGGACGUACGAGCACUCGAGUCUUCGAGAUGAACCUCGCUCAGUUCCAGAACUUUUCCCGGCAGCUGAAGGAAAUGUCAUCUGCGAUGGACACGGCGUGACACCUCGGUUUGCCGCUCACCUUCCCGCAGGAGAAGUUCCAUUGUAGAUUCCCGCGACGAAGCUGGGAGAAUGUUAAUUAUUUGAGAAUUUCCCACUUUCUGACCACACACACCUGCACUGCCCGAUUUAAUUGAACAGUUGUUGAUAGCUCCCAACCUGAUGUGCUUAACGGGUUUGUACGUGAAUCGAAACCUCGGACUGUGUUGAAAAACACGCGGUACAGCUAGAAUAUAUACUGGACAGCUCUACCUGAUCUUGUAUGGACUCAUCUAGCGCCUUACAACACAACCGCUAACACCUACACAGUCGUCGUCGGUCCCCAACAUUAAUUACAGAUGUUUGUAAACACUUAAAUUAACGUGUGGAAUCCCAUAAAGAAGUUUCUUCACCACA